GGAGUGAUCGCGGAACGCUUUGAACCUGUCUCUCCGCUCCGCUCCAGACUGAAAGAUUCCAGACGAGUGAACCUUCUUUUGGAACAAAUUUCAUCGAUAGAAAAGAAAUACACGAACUAGCUUUUUGAAGUUUAACUAGAGUGGAAGUUUUGCCUGAAAUUGGUCUGUGGGUGGCGCGCGCACUUCCAGCUGAACUCACGGUGCGCGAAGCGAGGCGCUUCGUCCGGACGCGCGCACAUCCAUGCAGCGGAGAGCGGAGUGGAUCUGACCGCUGAAGGGGGUAUCUCCUCCCGUUACCCAACCAAUGUGAUACCAUCCGGCUCUUCGGGAGAGGUGUUCCUCUGUCGUCUCGACUGUCCUCACCUUGUUUGCUCUUAACAGCAAUAUUUCUUCACAUUCAGAGAAUAAUGGAAGCGCUCACGACAAGAUGCGCACUGUUUCUUGCGCAGAUCGCACUCUUCAGUAAAACAGCGGAUGUAUCAGAAGCAUAUGGAUUCAGAUCACAGAAAAAACUCUCAGAGAACAUAGAGUGGUCGUAUGCGGGAACUCUAAACCAAAAUAACUGGGCUAAGAAAUAUCCGUCUUGCAACAAUGCCAAACAAUCACCAAUAAACAUUGAGGAGAGCCUGGCGCAGGUCAAGAUUCAGUUCCAGAAGCUGAGAUUAGAGGGAUGGGCUGAAAAGACAUCAGACUCCACUACAGUAAAGAAUGAUGGGAAAACGGUGGCCAUUGAUGUGGGAGGAGAUUUUUUCGUGAGUGGAGGGGGACUCAGGUCCAAGUUUAAGGUGGGACGCAUCACUUUCCACUGGGGCCUGUGCAAUGCCUCCUCUGAUGGGUCGGAGCAUGGCCUCAAUGAUGAAAAAUUCCCCCUGGAGAUGCAGAUAUACUGUUAUGAGGCAGAUGCUUUCAGUGGCCUUGAUGAGGCCCUCAGAGAAGCAGGAAAGAUCACAGCAUUGGCCGUGCUGUUUGAGAUAAGUACUGAGGAUAAUGAAAACUACACGGCCAUCAUUGACGCAGUCAACAGUGUCAGCCGUUAUGGAAAGAGCGGCCCUGUCUCUCCCUUCACUCUGCAAGGUCUCCUGCCCAAAUCCACAGAGAAGUACUUCAUCUAUAACGGCUCUCUGACCACCCCUCCCUGCUCUGAGACUGUGGAAUGGAUCGUCUUUAAAAACACAGUGACCAUCUCAGAGGUUCAGCUGGAGAUGUUCUGUGAGGUGAUGACCAUGCAGCAGGCUGGAUAUGUCAUGUUAAUGGACUACCUGCAGAAUAACUACAGAGAGCAGCAGGAACAAUUUAUGGGACAAGUCUUCUCAUCCUACACUGGCGUCGAGGAGGUCCGCACUCCUAUUUGUAGUUCCGAGCCAGAGAAUGUGCAAGUCAACCCUCAUAAUCACACCAGUAUGCUUGUGACCUGGGAGAGACCAAGAGCUGUAUAUGACUCGAGCAUAGAGAGAUACUCAGUCACCUACCGGCCGGCCCAGGGCGAUGAUGAAUCGGCCUCAGAGUACUUGACUGAUGGAGACCAGGAUGUGGGGGCGAUCAUUCAGGACCUGGUGGCCAACACUAGUUACAUGGUGCAGGUAGUUGCCGUGUGCACCAACGGUCUGUAUGGAAGAGUGAGUGACCAGCUGGCAGUGGACAUGCCCCUGGAUGAUCCUGAAACAGACAAUGACUCCGACUCAUUUGAGUAUGAUGAAGAGGAAGACCAUCACAUCAAUCCCUUUUUGAUCAGACCUGGCACAAAUCAGCUACCAUAUCCCUUCCAAACCACCACAAUUAGCCCAAGAAUUGCUACAACAGAACACUCGGUCCAUACAGUAAUUAAGACAACACCAAGAAUUCAUGAAAGAAGACUCUCAGUAGAAGGCUCCCAGAAGACUCAUGAUCGUUAUUUCCCAGCAGUAUACACAGAUAAACCUACUGUGAAAUACACAGAUAAACCUAUCAUAUCAACCAUAGCCACCCGUUUUGUUGUGGAAGUACAUACCACUAGACCAGAUGGUUCUAGCAUUGUAGAAGGUGUAUCCUCAGAGUCUGAUGGCCAAAGCAGUACCUUCACAGAAUCUCCAACAAGCAUCACCCCCAAAACAAGUGUUUCCCCUGAAACAAGUGUCACCCCUGAAGCAAGAGUCACAGCUGAAACAAGUGUCUUCCCUGAACAAAUUGUCACUCCUGAAACACGUAUCUCCCCUGAAACAAGUGUCUCCCAUGAAACAAGAGUCAUCUCUGAAACAAGCGUCCCCCCUAAAACAAGUGUCUUCCCUGAAACAAGUAUCAGCCCUGAAACAACAGUCAUCUCUGAAACAAGCAUCACCCCUGCAACAAGAAUCAUCUCUGAAACAAGCGUCACCCCUAAAAUAAGUGUCUUCCCUGAAACAAGCAUCAGCCCUGAAACAACAGUCAUCUCUGAAACAAGCAUCCCCCCUGAAACAAGUGUUUCCCCUGAAACAACUGUCACUCUUGAAACACAUGUGUCCCCUGAAACAAGCAUCACCCCUGAAACAAGAAUCAUCUCUGAAACAAGUGUCACCCCUGAAACAAGAAUCAUCUCUGAAACAAGCAUCACCCCUGAAACAAGAGUCAUCUUUGAAACAAGUGUCACCUCUGAAACAAGAAUCAUCUCUGAAACAAGUGUCACCCCUGAAACAAGAAUCAUCUCUGAAACAAGCGUCACCCCUGAAACAAGAGUCAUCUCUGAAACAAGCAUCACCCCCGAAACAAGCGUCACCCCUAAAACAAGUGUCUUCCCUGAGACAAGCAUCAGCCCUGAAACAAGAAUCAUCUCUGAAACAAGAGUCAUCUUUGAAACAAGUGUCACCUCUGAAACAAGCGUCACCCCUGAAACAAAAGUCAUCUCUGAAACAAGCAUCACCCCUGAAACAAGCGUCACCCCUGAAACAAGCAUCACCCCUGAAACAAGUGUCACCCCCGAAAAAAGCGUCACCCCUGAAACAAGUGUCAUCCCCGAAACAGGCGUCACCCCUGAAACAAGUGUCACCUCUGAAACAAGCGUCACCCCUGAAACAAGAGUCAUCUCUGAAACAAGUGUCACCCCCGAAACAAGCGUCACCCCUGAAACAAGUGUCACCCCCCAAACAAGCGUCACCCCUGAAACAAGAGUCAUCUCUGAAACAAGCGUCACCCCUGAAACAAGAGUCAUCUCUGAAACAAGCGUCACCCCUGAAACAAGAAUCAUCUCUGAAACAAGCAUCACCCCUGAAACAAGAAUCAUCUCUGAAACAAGCGUCACUCCUGAAAAAAGCAGAACCCUUGAAACAAGUGUAACCCUUAAAACUUUUGUAACAUCACUUUUAAUAGAUAUUUCAGAGGUUGAGGAAGUGACUCAAAUUGUAACUGACUCACACAGCUAUGGGGAGAGUUCAGUGACCGUAGCCCCAUUGCCUGAAAUCCCAAUGGAAUCAACUUCCUCUACCUUCCUCCUAAAGGUCCCUCUGUGGCCUACAACUGCUAGCUUGCCUUUUCCAACCACUGCAGCUUUCAGCACUGUUCUGUCGCAGACCACCCAGCCAGUGUUUAAUGGUGAGAGUGCUUCAUAUGCCCCCUCUGUAUCUGACACUUUGUCCUACGUGCAUGCAAGUCCUGUGUCCCCCUAUUCCUUAAGCAGUGUGUUGUCUGAGCACAUCCCUGACUGGGACAUCCCAUACACUGUUUCCAUGCUGGUGAAUGGUGUUGCCCAGUCUAUCACCCCUUCCCCUUCCUACCCUACCCUAUUUCUCACUGGCUCUAUGUCUUAUUUAGACAUGGAGCCUGUCUCUAGUGCUGGUGGUAUUGAUGAUGAUGGUGAUGAUGAUAUUUUGUCUGGGUCCAUCUCAGCUGACCCCGAGUGUAGAAGUACUCAUCCCCUUCAAACGUUACCAAAAGUGACUGCUUCUGUGGUCUCCAUGCAGCCAAGCUCAGGACAUAACCUUUCUGGGUCCCCCAGUAUUGUCUCCAUGCUGAGCUCUCUAGCAUAUCUCCAGCCUUCGGUUCCAGUCUCUAAUGACUACUCUCUGAUGAUGACAACCCUUGACUCUGACUCUUCUCUCUCAGGUAGCGUUGAGGACUCUAGACUCCUAAUGCAGUGGGUAGAUUCUUCAAUAGUAGCUCCUACCUUUAGUCAAGACAAUGGUGCAUCUGCUGAAAUUUCUCUGCAUGCCUCUUCUAACUUCCUGCCACCCUCCUCUACUUCGAGACUGUCUCCGUGUAGUGGUCUCUUGGGUGACCCAUCUAGUCCUGUAGAACACCAUUCUUUCCUGCCCACCUUCAGCGCCGGUACUCUUCUGUGCAGAGAUGCAGAUUUGGACCUCCACACUGAGGUUCUUUUGUCAUCUCUUUCCAUUUCCACCAUGCCUUCUAACGACCUCAGCAUUUCUGUUUCAGCCACCAUCAGCAGCAUUGCACAAAGUCCAACUGGACAUUCCAAGGCAACACCUGCUCCAGUAAGGUCUUCAACUAUUGCGCCAACCUCUACUGCAGAAUUCAUAUUCAUACCUACUCCAGUGGUUCCCCCAACUGUUGCGUCAACCUCUGUCCAAGAAUCUAUCGCUGUGGUUACUCCUGUGGUGCCCCCAACCAUUGCACAUUCCCCUGCUCCAGAGUCCAGUUCCAUUCCUACACACUCUGCAGAUGGACAGCUGGAGAACAGUGCCUCGGGCUUGGCUUUUGACUUAGAUUGGGACAAGAGCUCAGCAUCAGGAGAUGAGAGUAUUGUCCCAUAUAUCACCACUGCCACUCCUACAGAGGUACCUCCUGAAGAGAAGGAUGAUGGGAACGAGGAGCACUCUUCCUCCUUCUUCUUUGAGAGUGAGAAUGUGAAAGAUAGUGAAUCUACCGAGUUCAGAGUCACUCUGCACCCCAGUCCAUCCUGGACUCUAAGAGGAAGCGGGGAAGAGGAGAGCGGAUCAGGUGAAAAUCUCACAGAUAAUGAGACAUCUUCAGACUUCAGUAUUCCAGAACACACUGAGAGGGAUUCAGAGGAGGAACCAGUGGAAGACGCUGGUAACAGCAGUCAUGAAUCGCGAGUGGGCCUGGCUAGCAGCAUUGAGCGCCAGAAGAAGGCUGUGAUUCCUCUGGUUGUGGUCUCCACCCUCACUUUUCUGGGUAUCAUCAUUUUGAUUGGCAUUUUUAUCUACUGGAGGACAUGUUUUCAGACUGCUCAUUUCUACAUUGAAGACAGCACAUCACCCAGGGUUAUAUCCUACUCACCAAUGCUGAGCCCUACAGGUGAACACCAUUCCCAGUCAGUAAAGCAAUUUGUGAAGCACGUGGCUGAGCUUCACAACACCAACUCAUUUUCUAGAGAGUUUGAGAUAUUGAAAGAGUAUUUUGAGGAAAUUCAGACGUGCUCCGUGGACCUCGGAACAACAACGGACUGUUCCAGCCAUCCAGACAAUAAGAACAAGAACCGUUACGCCAACAUUUUAGCCUAUGACCACAGCAGAGUGCGCCUCGCACCACUAAACGACAAAGAUGGGAGAAGUGGAGGGGACUACAUAAAUGCCAACUACGUCGACGGUUUUAACAAACAGAAAGCCUACAUUGCAACACAAGGGCCCUUAAACUCCAGCACAGUGGAUUUCUGGCGGAUGGUGUGGGAGCAGAACGUGGGAGUGAUUGUUAUGAUCACAAACCUCACGGAGAAAGGAAGGAGGAAGUGUGACCAGUACUGGCCUCUGGAGAACCAGGAAGAAUAUGGAUGCUUUCUGGUUACUGUUAAGAACACAAACGUCCUUGCAUACUACACCCAGAGAACCUUCACCAUCAGAAAUACCAGCAUAAAGAAGGGUUCUCAGAGAGGUCGUAGUAAUGAGAAGACGGUAAUUCAGUUCCACUACACACAGUGGCCAGACAUGGGCGUACCCGAGUACGUCCUGCCUGUGCUUUCAUUCAUCUACAAGUCCUCUAGAGCUCAAACAGACCACAUGGGACCAAUGAUUGUACACUGCAGUGCUGGAGUGGGACGAACAGGGACCUACAUAGUGUUGGACAGCAUGUUAAAACAGAUUAAAGGGCAGAGGACAGUCAACAUUAUGGGUUUCCUUAAACACAUUCGUACACAACGGAACUAUCUCGUUCAAACAGAGGAGCAAUACAUAUUUACCCAUGAUGCUCUAGUAGAGGCCAUUUUGAGUCAAGAGACAGAGGUGCAAUCAAGCCAUAUUCAUCAGUAUGUUAACAACCUCCUAACCCCAGGGGCCUCAUGCAAGACACGGCUGGAAAAGCAGUUUAAACUGGUGUGCCAGUCGAAUGCCAAACAGAAUGAUUACAGCAGUGCCCUGAGUGACUGCAAUAGAACAAAGAACAGGAGCUGCUCUCUGAUUCCUGUGGAGAAAUCCAGAGUGUUUUUGUCCACAUCAGCAGGAGAGACGUCUGACUACAUCAAUGCCUCAUUUGUCAUGGGCUAUCGGCAGAGCAAAGAGUUCAUCAUUACCCAGAAACCUUUGACCAGCACAAUGAAGGACAUGUGGAGGAUGGUGUGGGAUCACAACGCCCAGGUUAUUGUUUCAUUGCCAGACACGAGUAGCACGACAGAAGACAGCGAACCAAUUAUAUUCUGGCCUGUGAGAGAUCAGCCAAUCAGCUACGAGACAUUCUCUGUAUCGUUAAGAGGGGAGGGCCAUGUGUGCCUGUCCAAUGAAGAAAUGUUGAUAGUGCAGGAUUACAUUCUAGAGGCCACACAGGAUGAUUUUGUUUUAGAAGUGAAGCAUUACCGGGCUCCACGAUGGCCAAAUCCAGACAGUCCCAUCAGUAAUGUCUUUGAGCUGAUCAACAUUGUCCAAAAAGAGUCCGGCUCCAAAGAUGGACCCCUGGUCGUACAUGACGAGUGUGGUGGUGUGACUGCUGGAACCUUCUGUGCGCUGUUCACUCUUCUGCAACAGCUUGAGGCCGAGAGCGUGGUGAACGUCUACAUGGUGGCCAAGAUGAUCAACCUCAUGAGACCUGGGGUCUUCACUGACAUUGAUCAGUAUCAGUUCCUUUACAAAGCCAUCCUGAGUUUGGUCAGCACCCAAGAAGACGAGCAAGCGUUUCAGUCUUCCGACAACAACGGCACGGUCCCAGGAGGCGUCUCGAGUGCGGCCGAGAGUCUGGAAUCUUUGGUGUAACCAUAGAGACGAGCCGGCACAGGAAAAAGACUUGUUUUUUCUAGCUAAGAAUGCUCUUGUUUCCCGCGGCCCAUCUCUGGACUGACCACGCUCUGCUGGGUGCAGCGCUGUCAUUAAAUGUGUGCCUUUGUACACUCCACAUUUUUAUUCCCUGUUUCUCUCUUAAAUCGCCACCUUGUGCUAAUGUCUUACGUACUAAUGUCUUCUCAUAGUGUCAUAUUUAUUUGCUUAAAAGCUUGUUUAAAUGGAACACUCCCUAAACUGUUUUAUAUUAGUCUAUUUUUAGAAUUUCAGCCACAGUGUUUUCAUACAGAUAUAAAAAAAAGUGGCAAAAUCAGUCAUGGAUAAAGGGCAGGAAAUAAUAUUCUAAUGUGUAAAUAAUAUUACAGCAACCAUGUCGAUGGACCAAAUUUCUAUUUAUGUCUAGAAUUUUAUAUUUGAGGCACUAGUUCUUUACAAGACAUGGUUGCGUUUGAAUAAUUUAGUCACAUUUGAAAUGUUUUAAUUUUUUUGAUGCCUCUCUGUUUUGUUAUUGAUGUAAAUGACACUGUUUAGCUGUACAAGAUGUUUUUGUCUUCGUAGGAUUAAACGAAACCAGAAAGCAC